AUGGCCAAAAAUCGCGAAAUCAUUCAGCUGCACGUAGGUCAGGCAGGCGUACAGAUGGCUAGCGCUUGCUGGGAGCUGUACUGUCUCGAACACGGCAUCUAUCCGGACGGAAUAUUUUGUGACUGCUCCAUCUACGAGGACUGCAGUGCGUUCUUUAGCUGUGACCGGUCGGGUCAGUGUGUACCGCGUGUGCUGCUGCUCGAUUUGGAACCUUCAGUCGUCGAUGAAAUUCGCAUCGGCACGUACCGGGAACUGUUUCAUCCAAACUCGCUACUAACUGGUUGUGAAGAUGCGGCAAGUAACUUUGGCCGUGGACACUAUCGACUCGGUCAAACGAUGAUAGAACCGGCGAUGGAUCGGAUACGAAAGUUAUGCGAACACUGCUCCUCGCUGCAGGGUUUUAUGAUGUUUCAUAGCGUCGGUGGUGGAACGGGUGCCGGUUUGGGGACGCUACUGCUUGAACGGCUCGGCGAAGACUUUGGCAAAAUAUCGCGCAUGGAGUUUGAUAUCUUUCCUUCGCCGAAGGUUUCGCCGGUUAUUGUGGAGCCGUACAACGCUAUACUUGCGUCGCACGUCGCUAUGGAGCACAGUGAUUGUACGUUCGUGCUAGACAACGAGGCACUGUACGAUGUGUGCGAUCGAAAUUUGAACGUUCGCGAACCGACGUACACCAAUCUGAAUCGAUUGGUUGCCCAGGCUGUAUCGUGCAUUACCGCGUCGUUACGCUUUUCCGGCGCGAUCAACGUCGAUCUGCUCGAGUUCCAGACGAACUUGGUCCCUUUCCCGAGGAUUCACUAUCCGCUGGUGACAUACGCACCGCUUGUGCCGGGAAGUACAGCACGGCACGAGCAACCCACUACGGCACAGCUAACGUACGAGUGUUUUGAACCAUCAAAUCAGCUCGUCAAAUGUGAUCCUCGUACGGGGCGGUAUAUGUCCUGUUGUCUGCUCUACCGGGGCAACAUAGCACCGAUCGAAAUUAAUCGCGCCUUGCACGAGAUGCGCACGAACAGUUCGAUCCGGUUCGUCGAUUGGUGUCCGACCGGGUUUAAGAUCGGUAUCAACUUCCAGGCCCCGAUCGCUGUGCCGGGUGCAGAUUUGGCACGUUCCGAUCUGGCCUGCUGUAUGCUGUCGAACAAUACUGCCAUCAAAACGGCCUGGACGAGGGUCGCCGACAAGUAUCAGCGUAUGUACGAUCGGAAAGCAUUUUUCUAUCAUUAUCUUGGUGAAGGCCUCGAAGAGCAAGAUCUUACCGAAGCAAUUGAAAACAUUCGCACGCUUAUAAAAGAUUAUGAAGAAAUUGAAAAAUAG